AUGCUCGCGCGAGCAGCGACGCGGCGACUGCGCAGAGAUGCGUUCCGCGCGCCCACACAGCUGGCGGCGCAGUCGAGGGCGAAGACAUACGCAUCAAGCACACCAAGCACACCAACCGCCGCACACGACGCGCGACGCGCGCGGCGGCCGUCGCUGUCGUCGCCGUCGUCGCUGUCGUCGCCGUCGUCGCGGUCGCUCGCCACGGCCGCCGAGCUGCACCCCGACCCGCCGGCGGCGCGCUUCGACGGCUUCAUGCAGGCCUGGGGCCCCCGCGUGCCCGCGCCCGCGCUCUCGCAGCUCGGCUCCUGGGACGCGGCCAGCCCGCUCGUCGUCCACGACCAGUUCACGCACAGCGCGCCCUCGACGCGCAGCAUCGGCUCCGGCAUCAGCGGCGACCCCGUCGAGAUGCACCAGAACCUGUACGCCUGCCUGCGCGUCGGGCGCACCGACCGUGCCGCCAUGAUCCUCAAGCGCCUCGCCAUGAUCUACACCCCCGCGGCGCCCGAGAUGACCGACGCCCACAACAUGUUCCUGCAGACGCUGCUCGAGCGCGCCCAGGAAGACGGCUCGCCCGACGGCUCGCCCGACGGCUCGUCCGACGCCAUGCACGUGCUCGAGGACUGGUACCACAAGAACAUGGUCGCCAAGCUCGUCCCCUCCAACGCCGCUACCUUUGUCACCCUGCUGCGCGCCGCCUGCACCUUCCUCCAGGGCCCGCGCCAGGACGCCGCCAUCCGCGAGUACCUCGACCGCGCCAACGCCGCCGGCCCGGACGUGCUCGAGCAGGUCAACACGUCGCCCGACCUGUCCGACGACGAGUGGAACACGCUCAUCCGCCUGCAGCCCGACUCGUUUGACGAGCCGCCGCCCGCCCACGAGCUGCACCGCCUGCAGUUCCAGACCCCGGCCUCGCUCCACACCGUCCUGGACCAGGGCCUGCCGCUGCACGCCGCCAACAUCAAGCCGGUCGAGCAAAAGGGCUACGGCCUGGCCACCCUCAAGGAGGCCCUGCGCCUCUUCAACGACGCCCUGCCCUACCCCCACGACAUGGAGGGCACCCCGGCCGAGAAGGACCGCGCGUACAACUACGCGCGCCAGCUGCGCAUGGAAAAGGACGGCAUGGACGCCGCCAUCCAGCGCUGGCGCCACGAGGACGAGAAGCUCACCGAGAUGGGCAUCCACGGCGUUCUCAAGACCAAGAGCCUGCAGGCGCUCAUGUACAACUGGUACACGGCGCUGAUCCCCAUGUUCCAGAAGCAGAUUGCCCACGCCCAGCACGUCAUGUCCAACCCCACCAAGGAAAACGCAAACGACGACGCCAACUCGUACGGCGCCUGGCUGAACAAGUGCGAGCCCGAGCGACUCGCCGCGAACGCCAUUACCCGCGUCAUCCACGCCUGCGUCCAGAAGACGGGCACAGACAGCGACAACAUGAAGCUGUCCGCCCUGUCCGUCGCCAUUGGCAACGACGUCAUGGAGCACAUCAACCUCGACGCCCAAGCCCGCCACGAAAAGUUCCUCAAGACCCAGCGCCGGAAUGCCCGCAGGGAGCUCGUCGAGAAGCUGGCCAAGGGGAGGGACACGGCCGCGGGCACGCAACGGCCUGGCGGCACGCACACGGCCAGCAAGAUUGCCGAGGUGCCCUUUGAGAAGACGCAGAUCCCCAUGACUGCCCGCGUCAAGAUUGGCGCGCUGUGCCUCGAGAACGUCCUGCAGGCCGCGCGCAUCACCGUCACCGCCGAGGACCCCAAGACCGGUGAGCAGCUGACGAGCACCCAGGCCGCGUUCCACCACCAGAUGGUGCUGCACCAGGGCAAGCGCAUCGGCUGGAUUGUCGCGCAUCACGACAUCAUGACCAAGCUCCGCAACGAGCCAGUCCACAACAUUGUGAGCGUCCGCCUGCCCAUGGUCGUCCCGCCAAAGCCCUGGUCCGGUUUCGACAACGGCGGCUACUACACCCUGGCCUCCAAGGUCGUGCGCCAGAAGGCCGGCGACCAGUCUCAAAAGGCCUACGCCUCGAUUGCCAUUGAGAACGGGGACAUGAAACAGGUCCUCGCCGGCCUGGACGUGCUGGGCAAGGUCCCCUGGCAGAUCAACCAGCCCGUCCUCGACGUCAUGGCCGAGGUGUGGAACUCGGGCGAAGCGCUUGCUGGCAUCGUUCCAGAAAAGGUCGACCUGGAGCGUCCCGCGGAGCCCCCUGCUGAUGCCGACUAUCUGACGAGGAGCGCGUGGGGCAAGAAGCUCAAGGACUACGACAACUACAAGAGCGGCCUGCACUCGCAGCGCUGCUUCCAGAACUUCCAGCUCGAGAUUGCGAGCGCCAUGGCUAGCGAGAAGGAGCUGUACUUUCCCCACAGCGUCGACUUCCGCGGCCGCGCGUACCCGAUCCCAUCCAUCCUCAACCACAUUGGAUCCGACGUUGCGAGAGGGCUGCUCAAGUUUGCAAACGGCAAGGAGCUAGGCUCCGUUGGCCUGCAGUGGAUCAAGGUGCACCUCGCCAACCUCGCCGGCUUCGACAAGGCCAGCCUCCGGGACCGCGAGCAGUUUGUCAUGGACAACAUGAACGAGAUUGUCGACUCGGCCACCAACCCGCUCGGCGGCAGACGGUGGUGGGCCAAGGCCGAGGACCCGUGGCAGUGUCUCGCGUGCUGCAUGGAGCUGAAGCAAGCCUACGACCUGCCCGACCCCACGCGCCACGUCUCACAGCUGCCCGUGCACCAGGACGGCACCUGCAACGGCCUCCAGCACUACGCCGCCCUGGGCGGCGACCAGGCCGGUGCGCGUCAGGUCAACCUCGAGCCGUCUGACCGUCCACAGGACAUUUACACCGGCGUCGCAGAGCUCGUCAAGGACAUGGUCGAGGUCGAGGCCGAGCAGGGCGUCGCCGCUGCCAAGUUCAUCCGAGGCCACAUCUCGAGAAAGGUCGUCAAGCGCACCGUCAUGACCAACGUCUACGGUGUCACCUUCAUGGGCGCCAAGCAGCAGGUCCACGACGAGCUGAAGCACAUGUUCCCGGCCUUCAAGGAGACCAAGGAGGUGCGCUCCCUGAGCGCCGUUGCCAUGUACGUCGCCUACAAGAUCUUCGAGGCGCUCGGCAAGAUCUUCAACGGCGCGCAGGAGAUUCAGUACUGGCUUGGAGAGUGCGGCGACCGCAUCACCACCUCCAUCACCGCCGACCAGGUCGAGCAGAUCCAGAGGGCUUUCGAGGGCAAGAAGCCGACCGUUUUGAAAAAGUACCGGGCAGACAAGAUUUCCAAAUCGAGCGCAAAGGCACUGGCCAAGGCUGCCGAGAACUUCAAGACCGGCAUCAUCUGGACCACGCCGCUCAAGAUGCCCAUUGUGCAGCCGUACCGCAAGGACACCAUGACCACCAUCACCACCCCGCUGCAGGACAUCACCGUCCAGAAGCGUACUGCGGGCGACGUCGUCGACAAGCGAAAGCAGCUGCAGGCCUUUCCACCAAACUUUAUCCACUCCCUCGACGCCUCGCACAUGCUGCUGUCCGCGCUCAAGUGCAACGAGAUGGGCCUGGACUUUGCCGCCGUGCACGACAGCUUCUGGACGCACGCCUGCGAUAUUCCGAACCUCAACGUCAUUCUCCGCGACGCUUUCGUCCGCAUGCACUCGGAGGACAUCACCAAGCGCCUCGCCGCCGAGUUCAGCGCCCGCUACGCCGACAACAUGUACCGCGCCAACGUCCACCACGCCACACCCGCCGGCAGGGAGAUUCAGCAAUGGCGCCACGCCAACAAGACCAAAAGGGCCGACGGCAGCAUGGGCAUUGGCGGACGGUACGCCAUGGCCUCGUUUGACGAGGUCGCGCUGGAAGCCCAGCGACAGGAGCUGCUCAAGAGCGACGACCCGGAGCUCCGCGCAAAGGGCGAGGCCAUGGUGACGCCGACCAGCAUCUGGCUCAAGUACAAGGACCCAAAGACGCUCGCCUCGUACCGCCUCUCGCUCCUUGGCGACACAAAGGCCAAGUCCAACGACGACGCGCCAACCAAGGCCGACGAGAUCAUGCAGAAGAACAGAGCGCUCGAGGCCGCCGUCAUGAAUGCCCAAGACCCCUCAGCCGCGGCAGCGCCCGCGACAGCGCCCGCGACAGAAGACCCGACCGAAUUCGCCACCCCCUCGAAAGAGCGCAAGGGCAAGUGGCUCAGCGAAAUGUCCACCGUCCAGGUCUGGCUCCCGCUCACCUUCCCGCCCGUGCCACAAAAGGGCGACUGGAACGUCGCCCGCCUCCGCGAGUCAAAGUACUUCUUCUCCUGA